AUGGCCGUCACCAAACGAGCUGGAAGAAAGAAGGAUGCUGCCGCCGCGCAACCCGGAGCUACCGGCGGCAAGCCUCAGGUCAAGAAGGCUGCCUUCGAGUCGACCAAGAAGAAAGAAGUUGGAGUCUCGGAUCUCACCCUUAUCAGCAAGAUUUCCAACGAGGCCAUUAACGACAAUUUGAAAAAGCGAUUCGAGAAUGGCGAGAUCUAUACGUAUAUCGGCCAUGUGCUGGUGUCGGUGAAUCCCUUCAGAGACUUGGGCAUCUAUACCGAGAAGGUGCUUGACAGCUACAAGGGAAAGAACAGAUUAGAAGUUCCUCCUCACGUCUUCGCUAUCGCCGAAUCCUCAUACUAUAACAUGAACGCCUACAAAGAAAAUCAAUGUAUCAUCAUUUCAGGAGAGUCAGGAGCCGGAAAGACUGAGGCGGCCAAGCGUAUCAUGCAAUACAUUGCGAACGUGUCCGGUGGCAGCAACUCGUCAAUUCAAGAGGUGAAGGACAUGGUACUGGCCACAAAUCCUCUGCUCGAAUCCUUCGGAAACGCCAAAACACUGCGCAACAACAACUCCUCGAGAUUUGGAAAGUACCUGGAGAUUCAAUUCAACGGGCAGGGUGAGCCCGUUGGUGCCAACAUCACCAACUACCUACUGGAAAAAUCAAGAGUUGUGGGACAAAUUAUGAACGAGAGAAACUUCCACAUCUUCUACCAGUUCACAAAGGCAUGUUCGGAGAACUACAGGCAGACUUUCGGCAUUCAGCAACCUCAAUCUUAUGUCUACACCAGCGCAUCGAAGUGCUACGAUGUACAAGGAAUCGACGAUCACGCCGAGUUCCAGGACACAUUGAACGCCAUGAAGGUCAUUGGUUUGUCGCAAGCCGAGCAGGAUGAUAUCUUCCGCAUGCUUGCCACGAUCCUUUGGCUCGGAAACUGCACAUUCGCGGAAGACGACCAAGGGAAUGCCGCGAUCGCAGAUCAGUCUGUGGUUGACUUUGUCGCCUACCUUUUGGAGGUGGACUCUGCUCACGUUAACAAAGCCUUGACUAUCAGAGUCAUGGAGACUAGCCGUGGUGGUCGCAGAGGAUCGGUUUACGACGUUCCACUCAACCCAGCGCAAGCGACCGCUGUUAGAGAUGCCUUGGCAAAGGCCAUUUACUACAACCUCUUUGACUGGAUUGUACUCAGAGUCAACCAGUCCCUGCGUGCUAAGGGAGCAAUCGCCCAGUCGGUUGGUAUCCUUGAUAUUUACGGAUUUGAAAUUUUCGAGCGCAACAGUUUCGAGCAGCUUUGCAUUAACUACGUCAACGAGAAGCUACAGCAAAUCUUCAUUCAGCUGACGCUCAAGGCUGAGCAAGAAGAAUAUGAGAGAGAACAAAUCACCUGGACGCCAAUCAAAUACUUCGACAACAAGGUUGUGUGUGAGCUGAUUGAGGAGAAGAGACCUCCUGGCGUCUUUGCAGCACUCAACGAUGCUUGUGCGACAGCCCAUGCUGAUCCUGCAGCUGCCGAUGGCACUUUUGUACAGAGACUGAAUGCCCUUUCUUCAAAUCCUAACUUCCAGCCAAGACAAGGUCAAUUUGUCAUCAAGCAUUAUGCUGGUGAUGUCGCAUAUGCUGUUGAGGGAAUGACGGACAAGAACAAGGACCAGCUGUUGAAGGACAUUCUUAACCUCUGUGGACAGAGUUCGAACAGAUUUGUCCACACUCUCUUCCCUGAACAGGUCGACCAGGACAACAAGCGCCGCCCACCUACUGCUGGUGAUCGAAUCAAGGCUUCCGCUAACGAUUUGGUUGCUACACUGAUGAAAGCAUCGCCCUCCUACAUUCGUACAAUCAAGCCGAACGAGAACAAGUCACCUACCGAGUACAACGUUGGAAAUGUCAUGCAUCAGAUCAAAUACCUAGGUCUCCAGGAGAACGUCCGUAUUCGCCGUGCUGGUUUUGCAUACAGACAGACAUUCGACAAAUUCGUGGAGCGUUUCUACCUCCUCUCACCGAAAACAAGUUAUGCUGGAGACUACACCUGGACUGGCGAUGCCAAGUCUGGUGUCAAGCAGAUUCUCAAAGACAGCAGUAUCCCUGUCGAGGAAUAUCAAAUGGGUGUCACAAAGGCCUUUAUCAAGACUCCAGAAACUCUCUUCGCGCUUGAGACUAUGCGUGAUAGGUACUGGCACAACAUGGCGAUCAGAAUCCAGCGAGCCUGGCGCAAUUAUCUCCGCUACAGGAUAGAGUGUGCAACGCGCAUUCAACGCUUCUGGAGGCGCAAGACAGGUGGUAUGGAAUUCAUCCAGCUGCGUGACGAGGGUCACAAAGUACUUGGCGGCCGCAAGGAGCGCAGACGCUACUCACUGAUCGGUUACAGAAGAUUCAUGGGAGAUUACCUGGGCAUUGGAAACAACGGUGGCAGUGGCGAGAUGAUCAGAAAGUCGAUCAAUCUGCCCACCUCUGAUCAGGUGUUAUUCUCUUGCCGUUGCGAGGUUCUCGUCUCCAAACUUGGACGUUCUAGCAAGCCAGAGCCACGCUUCCUUAUUCUGACUAACAGGAGUGUUUACCUCGUGAAGCAAGCUAUCGUCAACAAGCAACUGCAAAUCAUGGCCGAGCGUACAAUCGCCAUUGGCGCUAUCAAGUUCAUUAGCGCCUCCACGCUAAAGGAUGAUUGGUUUGCAAUUGGUGCUGGAUCUCCUCAAGAGCCCGACCCAUUGGUGAACUGCAUUUUCAAGACUGAGUUCUUCACUAUGCUGAAGCAGGCUUCGCGUGGCACAGUCGAUAUCCGUAUUGCUGAGGCAAUCAGCUACAACAAGAAACCUGGCAAGCUUGCAACCGUCAAGGUUGUCAAGGACCAGACUGUCGCUCGCGAUGAUUUGUACAAGAGUGGUACUGUUCACACUGGACCCGGUGAAUCCCCUAACUCUGUAUCGAAACCAACACCAAAGGCCAAGUCCGUACCUGGAAAGCCGAUCACCAGUGGCAAGCUCCUCAGACCUGGAGGCCCUGGUGGCCAGCCAUCGAAAUUGGCUGCUCGUCCAGCACCUCAAUCUCGACCUGUUCCACAAGCUCGACCUCUACCAAGUGGAAACCAAGGGCUACCAGCAGGUCUACCUACGGCUACAGUCUCAACUCCUGCAGCAGCCGCAGCCGCUGCACAGGCUGCCAUGCAUCAGAAACCAGUUCCCGCACCUGUCGCUGCACUCAAUGGUACCGGACAUGCGCGCACCCCUUCAUCGGGAUCGGCACGCGUUCCUCCGCCCCCUCCACCUCCUGCUGCGGCACCAAAAGAACCACAGUUCAGAGCGAUGUACGACUUUGCAGGACAGACAAGCGGUGAGCUGAGUCUCACUAAGGACGAGGUCAUUCUAGUGACUCAAAAGGAAAACAAUGGUUGGUGGCUCGCGAAACGAUUGGACGGCUCAGCAUCAGGAUGGGCACCGUCGGCAUAUCUGGAAGAGGUUGUGGCCAAACCAGCCCCUCCGCCUCCACCGCCAGUGCAGGCGCGCGCAACGCCUCCGGCACCACCCAAGGCUAAUGGCGCCGUAGCUGGUAAGAAGAUGCCACCUCCGCCGCCAGCCAAGCGACCGGCAGGACGCAAACCUGCACCUCCUGCUCCUGGAGGCAGCGGAAGUGGCACAGAUAGUGGUACAUCAACACCAACAGCAGGAUUAGCAGGAGGGUUGGCAGAAGCAUUGAGAGCACGGUCAAAGGCAAUGAGACAGGACGACGAGGAUUGGUAG